GUAAUAGUAAUUAACAGUAUAAGUAUAGAAUGAGAAAUUGCGUUCUGCGUGUUGUUCCUUGGUAAUCGUGAGUGGUACUAUUCCCGAAUAGCAGCAAGCAAGGCAAGGCGUGUGUCCGAGCAGAGCAGGAGUGAAGGAGAAAAGGACCCUUGUCCGUCCAGUCCUUAUUCUCUUUUCUCCUCCCUCCCUCACGCAACCGCCAAUUCCUGAACCCUAAGCUAGCGCCAUGGCUGUCGUUUCGCGAAGUGCGACGACCUAUACGCGCCACUACUUAAUACGACACGAGUUUGAUAGGAAAACGAAAACCUGCGUUGCCAAUAAUAGUUUGUGUUACUCUGCUAAGAAGGCUCCUCCACCGCAGAGGAUUGUUGGUGGCCGUAGAGUGAUUGUUGCUGCGAGCCCUCCCACCGAAGACGCUGUAGUUGCCACUGACCCUCUCACGAAGCAGGAUCUCGUCGAUUAUCUUGCCUCCGGUUGCAAGCCCAAGGAUAAAUGGAGAAUAGGUACUGAACAUGAGAAGUUUGGUUUUGAGAUUGGAAGCUUGCGUCCUAUGAAGUAUGACCAAAUAGCAGAAUUGCUGAAUGGCAUUGCUGAGAGGUUUGACUGGGAUAAAGUAAUGGAAGGUGAUAAAAUUAUUGGACUCAAACAGGGGAAGCAGAGCAUAUCAUUGGAGCCUGGUGGUCAGUUUGAACUUAGUGGAGCUCCUCUUGAAACCUUGCAUCAGACUUGUGCUGAAGUUAAUUCCCACCUUUAUCAGGUUAAAGCUGUUGCUGAGGAAAUGGGAAUUGGAUUUUUGGGGAUUGGUUUCCAGCCAAAGUGGGGAAUCAAAGACAUACCUAUAAUGCCAAAGGGAAGAUACGACAUCAUGAGGAACUACAUGCCUAAAGUUGGCUCUCUUGGGCUUGACAUGAUGUUCAGGACAUGCACUGUGCAGGUCAAUCUGGACUUUAGUUCUGAAGCUGACAUGAUCAAGAAAUUUCGUGCAGGCCUUGCUUUGCAGCCGAUAGCAACGGCUCUUUUUGCAAAUUCACCCUUUAAAGAGGGAAAGCCAAAUGGUUUUGUCAGUAUGAGAAGCCAUAUUUGGACUGAUACUGAUAAGGACCGCACAGGCAUGCUGCCUUUUGUUUUUGAUGACUCUUUUGGGUUUGAGCAAUAUGUUGAUUAUGCUCUUGAUGUUCCUAUGUAUUUUGUCUAUCGGAAAAACAGAUAUAUCGACUGCACUGGAAAGACCUUCAGGGACUUUUUGGCUGGAAGACUUCCUUGUAUUCCUGGUGAAUUACCAACUCUCAAUGAUUGGGAAAAUCACUUGACAACUAUAUUUCCUGAGGUCAGGCUGAAGAGGUAUUUGGAGAUGAGAGGUGCUGAUGGAGGGCCUUGGAGAAGAUUGUGUGCUUUACCAGCAUUUUGGGUAGGGUUAUUGUACGAUGAACUUUCUCUAAAAAGUGUUUUGGAUAUGACAGCUGAUUGGACUCCAGAAGAAAGACAAAUGUUAAGGAAUAAGGUUCCUGUAACUGGUCUGAAGACACCAUUCCGAGACGGUUUGCUGAAGCAUGUUGCUGAAGAUGUUCUAAAGUUGGCAAAGGAUGGCUUGGAGAGAAGAGGCUUCAAGGAAUCGGGAUUUUUGAAUGAGGUUGCCGAGGUGGUUAGAACAGGUGUCACUCCAGCUGAGAGGCUUUUGGAAUUGUAUCAUGGAAAGUGGGAGCAAUCCGUAGAUCAUGUGUUUGAGGAAUUGCUUUAUUAAGGUAGUAUUGUCUUUCAAAUGUCUGUGGAAGAUUGUGUAAUCCUUUGGUUAUAGUUCUGGUUGUCUCUCAUUUGAGCUUCAUUUAGAUAUAGGAAAUAAUAUAAAUGUAAUUUUUGCCUUGAGGCUUCUCAUAUACCUUUCUUGGAAAACAUGAUCUGAUCAAGCUGACAUUCAAUGUCACAAAUUUGAAAAUCCAUCAAUAUAAUCUUUUUAAUAAGAGUGUCAAUA